GUUUUAUCAAUAUUUUUAAGUCAUUUCCUUUAAUAGAUUAUAUAUCAUAUUACUGUUAAACGAUUUAUGUCAUCAGAUGUGUUCAAGAGAUUUUCGCAAUUGCUUGAACCAUAGAAACGAGAGCCGAGAUCCUGCUGACCUUGGAUCCUCUACAAUAAAAAACUUUUUACUAUCGUAUAAUCGGUCAUUUCUCAGUAAUGUACUUACUAUAAAAAGCAAAUAUUGUAGUUAAUAGUUUUAAGUUAAAUGUGGUAGUAUGAGGCCGAUUAUACAAAGAGUCUUAGGAACUAAUUUAAGGAGAAAAUGCGUAAUUCAUCAAUGCAGAACGAUAAUCCAAUUAUCAAAUAAAACAAAUAAUGGGUCUGAUAAAGACUAUACUCAAAGGAAUACUCCAUUUUUGAUUACUGGUUUGGUAACAACAGGAUUAUUGGGAUAUACUUUAACAGUAAGUAAAAAAAGGCAUGCCCUUGCAGAAGAGGCAAAGCUAAAGGAAGUGACUGCUGGAAAUUUUAAUCCCGCAUUAUCCUCUCCAGAAGAAGUAAAUGUAGCUGAAGAGAGUGCAAGCAAUUUUAAGUCUGAAUUAGCAUCCUCAGAAGAGGCAAAGCUUCAAAAAGGAAAUGAAGUGAUUGCUGGCAAUUUCAGACCUGAGUUACCAUGUUAUUCUAUGAAAGAAGUCAGUGAGCAUUCAACCAAAGAAAGCAAAAUUUGGGUGGUAUUCAAAGAAGGAGUGUAUGACAUCACAGACUUUGUAGAACAACACCCCGGCGGUGAACAAAUUUUAAUUGCCGCGGGCAGUAGUGUAGAACCUUUCUGGGUUCUCUAUGGAAUUCAUAAGAGUCCACAUGUUUUUAAAAUACUUGAAACUUUAAGAAUCGGUAAUUUGAAAAAAGAAGAUCAAAUUCAAGUAGCAGAUUUGGAAGAUCCAUACGCUAACGAACCACAGAGACACAAGGUCUUAAAGGUUGCAAAUUUUAAACCGUUUAAUGCUGAAACUCCGCCAGAACUAUUGUGUGAAAGUUUUUUAACACCCAGUGAUUUAUUUUACGUAAGAAACCAUUUGCCAGUACCAUCUAUAGACCCCAACACUUACGAAAUGGAAAUAGAACUGGAAGGCAAAGGCAAAUCAGUAACGUUUUCUCUGGAAGACCUUAAGACGAAAUUCCCAAAAACCACGAUAGCGGCCACUUUAAUGUGCGCCGGAAAUAGGCGAAGUGAUAUGAUUAAGAUAAAACCAGUAAAAGGCCUUAGCUGGGGUCCCUGUGCCAUUGGUAACGCUGAAUGGACUGGAGUGAGAUUAAGGGAUCUUUUAAAAGAAGUUGGUAUCACUGAGGAUGAAGAAACGUAUAAGCAUGUCCAGUUUGAAGGUCUAGAUUAUGAUGUGACCGCUACCCAAUUUGGAGCCUCUAUACCUUUAUGGAAAGCCGUUGAAAAACGAGGCGAUGUUAUUUUGGCUUACGAAAUGAAUGGGAAACCUCUGCCGCCCGAUCAUGGGUAUCCUAUUAGGGUGAUUGUCCCUGGGGUGGCUGGAGUAAGGAACGUUAAGUGGUUGGGCAAAAUUGUUGUCUCGGAAAACGAAAGCGCUUCACAUUGGCAGCAAAAUGAUUAUAAAGGCUUCUCACCAUCGGCAGACUACGAGAGCGCCGAUUAUUCGAAAGCUCCCGCAAUACAAGAUUUGCCUGUUAUUUCCGCUAUUUGUAAACCGGCAUCUGGUAGCACCGUGGAGGUUGUCGAUGGGAAAAUAACCGUUAAAGGAUAUGCAUGGUCUGGAGGUGGGCAAAAGAUAAUUCGCGUAGAUUUGACGAUAGAUGGGGGUAAAACUUGGCACGUUGCAUGUCUUGAUGCGCAAGACUCCGCUUUGCCACCGAGACAUUGGGCGUGGACACUUUGGUCGGCUAGCAUACCUGUAGAUAAGAAUUUAGAAGAGGUAGAAGUAUGGUGCAAAGCAGUGGAUUCCUGCUACAACACUCAACCAGAAUCUUUCGAAAAUAUAUGGAACUUUAGAGGUGUAUUAAGCAACGCUUAUCAUAGGGUUAAACUUAAGCUUAAGCAAUAACAUUAUUAAGAAUUUUUAUACAAUUUUUAAAUUAAAUAUACUCAAGUGAUAUUUAUAUACUGAAUUGAAAGUUAAUAUAAUGACUCAAAAUCUGCACGUA